AUGGACGAGCUUCCAGGCGACGACGACUUUUUGUCGUGCAUGCUGCUAGACUCGUUGGAGUUCGAGCCUAGCAUUGUAACGCAUAAAAUGAACCCGCAUUUCCGUCCGGUGCGCUUUGAUCGUGAUACCAUUGCCCAGAUCAUCCGGCGUCAUGUGAUUUGGGAGCGCGACAUUACCAAAGCGGUAUCUGUGUUUAAUGAGUUGCCUGUGGUGCGCAAGCAUGUAGCCAGGAAAACACCUGCGCAGCGCCAAGUAUUUGAUUCUCAUGUUCAGCGCUAUAUGCAAGCGUACCUCCCCACGGCCGGGUUUGAGUAUGCGGUGACGUAUAGGUACCGCGUAGCUAGGUUACGCCGUCUCGCGCACAUUGAAGAUGCUGCACAAGCAGAGACAGCACGAUACCAUGCCCACCUUUCCCCCGGCCGAACAGAUCUGUGUGUACUUGCACUUCGAUCGUUCCAACCGGACGAUACCAUUACGUUCUGCACUGCUGCCUUGAAAGACUUGACGCGUGCAGAGGAUGAGGCCUUGCGUGAAGAGGCCGCGCAGGCGCGAGCUGCUGACGUACGUGACGGCCACGUCCGACCGCAACGUGAUUUUUCUAUCAUUCGCUCAUCGAGUCGCAAGUGCAGCCAGCUAUUGCUGGGUCCCGCUCGUUUUAUUAACCAUGACUGCCAGCCCAAUGCCGAGUUCCGUCGGUCAGGGAACCAGCUGACGAUCCGGUGCAUUCGUCCUAUUAAGCGCAACGAAGAGAUCACGACCUACUAUGGCGACAACUAUUUUGAGCUGGGCAACAAGGAAUGCAUGUGUGCGACCUGUGAAAAGUACCAACGUGGGUUCUUUGCAUCGCAUGUGGCCGACGAGAGUGUGUCUACGCCAGCCAGUACAGAAAGCACGCUGGAGGAUGGGCGUACGCUUCGUUCGCGCUCGGCGCGGGAAGCUGCCGCGUCUCAAGCCGCGCAGAUCGUCACGUCGCCCGAUGACAUGAUUGCCUACCAGCUGAAUCCUGAUGCCCAAGGUCCUGAAUGUGAGUGCCUCACAUGUCAUGCCCUCUUCCGCGCGCCUGAGAAAUGGUGGACCCCUGAUGAGUGUGCUCGGUGUGAGCGCCACUACAAACUCUUCAAGUGCGAUUGGCCUGGACGUUACCCUAAAGAGAAUCCUGCUGAGCAAACCACCAUCGCACGACCACUGAAACGUCGCGCUGCCAUGGAGAACGGCUCGACUACGACCAAGCGGCCGCGGGCGAAAACGGUGCAAACACCGGAGCCGACGGUGUCGCAGGAUAUUUCGUCCCCCGUCAAGCUUAGUCCGGUACGUGAAUGUCGUGAGGCGUCGCCCGUGAGCGACACAGAGCCACCGCCCAAAGACCCACACGCUCGACCACGCUCACUGCGUCGGUUUGAGCUGCACAGUGACGAUAGCGACGAUGCCUUGGACGCCAUUCAUCUCGGCCCACGGAUCCUGGGGCAUGGGGCAAGUACCGAUGUAUUGGCUUCGUACUGGGGCGCACCGGAAGGCGAGCGACGUGUGCGGCGGCCCACGACGAUGGGCAUGCCGCUUGCUAGCGAGCGUAUCGCGUCUGCUCACGUAACUAAGCGUGUGCCUUCCUCGUCACGACCCCAAGGACGUCCUGCCAAAGCACCACGGCGGAUCGUUUCCGAGCCAUCUGAACGAUCGGUAUCUGCGCCGUUGCCCAAGACCGAGGUACCCACACCAUCGCCACGCUCCUCGCUCUCGCCACCCCCCCCUCCUUCGCCGCCUUCGCCACCGACAACGGCGCCCGUGAUUGCGACAAAAGGGCCCGCACGGACCUCCAUUUCGAAUCUGGCCCUGUUUUGGUCUGGCGGUGUGGAAGGCCGAACACGGCAGCAAGCUAAAAAGGCCCAGGCGUUGGCGAGUACGACACAAUCUCCACGCACCUCGGCGCGCGUCUCACGAACGGCCUCGCCGGCGCCUGUGACGGUCGUCAAACCGGAGCCGCCCAGCUCACGAAGCGUUUCGGACGUGCCAUUGCCACUUCGUUCUUCGUCGCCCGCAGCCCCGGCCAAGCCAGUUGCUUCGCCCUUGGUCAAAGUGGAGCGGUCAGCCUCGAGUCUGUCGCCUGGGCCUUCCGAGAUGCCGUCAGGGGCGCCGCAACCGCCGUUGCCGGCCCUGCCACCCCGGCCGACGGCCACGUCGCUACCUCCGGGUGUGCCUCCGCGCCAGCCGCUCCGUCGCAACUUGCGCUGGGGCAAUGGCAAGACCAGUAUGAGCCGUCCACCCACCCAGACGAUGCCAAUGCGCGUGGUAUGGCCUUCCAUGGUCAAGACGGAAUCUCUCUCGCCGGCGCCGCCCAUACCUGGUGUGCCACGUCCCUUGUCGUCGUCGUCGGCAUCCUCCUCCUCAUCGUCGUCGUCGUCGACGACAUCACCACCCCCGCAGCCAUCAUCGGCUUCGCACACAUCCACAGCGCCCCUUCCGUAG